AUGUUCCUACCCCCUGAUUGGAUAAAAUCUCAUAAGGUUUUAAAAUACAUUAUUAGCACCGGGGAGCCUAUUACAAGAAGAGAUGUGCGCCGUCACCUUCGAUCGGGAUGGAUAAAAUUGCAACCAAUAGAUUUUCAGAACAACAAACAACAGGAUACGUCUAAUAUCACCGCUCAAAUUUCUCGAAAUGAAAAGACUAGAAUGAUAAUGUCCGCACGUGGGGAUCUUCUCGCACUCGGUAAAAAAGUACAUUUUCGUAAUAUCGUGGAUCCGGGAUGCGUCACAGAUAUCGAGGGUGGAACUUUGAUUCAUCUGGGAGUACUCGAUGAUGGUGCUGUAAAAAAAGCCACUGAAGCGGUAAAUUACUAUUAUUUUCACACCUUGAGUAAUCCUUCGCACCGUAGCAACGAUUUCUGGGAAAAUUUCAUAGAGCAUUUUGGGACGUAUGCGCGAAACAAUCUCUUACCUUUCACAAGUUCAAACACAGCAAGUUCGCAUAACGUUGAUCACCGAGGAUGUGUUGACACUCUGUUGCGCGAUCUCUAUCCGCUUUCAAUUUCCGUUAAUCAAUCCAUGCGAGAAUAUUACGGGGGAUUAUAUGAGAAACUAGAAAAUUUAUC